UCAUUUUUUUCAUUUUCAUCGUCGCUUUUCUUCAUUUAUUCCUGUUAGCUUGGAAAUUUCACGAUCCAAGAGAAAAUGCCAGCAAUGCCUUCGUUAUUUCCAAAGCUUCUACACUUCCUAUGAAACAAAGAGUAUAAAACCAGAAAGAAAACCCAACCGAUUCAUUUUCCAUACCAAUUCAUCUCCUCGUUGCCUGCCUGCCUGCCUUGCCCUUCAUCAAACAAACAAGACAUUUGCAUUUCAUUUUCUUCCUGCGAAAUGCCGCCUCCUCCUUCUCCUCUGAAACUCAAGAAGUCAUCAUCUUCCACUCAAACCCUCACCACCACCGCUACUAGCGCACAGGAUGCGCGCCUUCUCGUGCGUGAAACGCUGCGUAUCAGUGCCAGCCUCGCAUCCUCCGAGCCUAAUCUGCCGCCUUUAGACACCCAAACUCACACCCCCCGGAACCAGCUUGGUUUGCUCCACCACGAUCAAGACUUCGUAAGCUCCAGCUUCAGAUUGAUUUGCUGCGAGGAGAUCGACGGCCGCCGAUGGAACUACGUGGCCGAGCCCGAUUCCUCCCCUGGUACCUUCAAGAAGGGCUCCCUUCGUGCUCUUGGCUUGCACAGCCCCCAACCUCCUCUCGACGGGUUAAUGUCAUUUGUAAGGUCAUAUGUUGUCCCGGAAGGAUUCCCUGAUAGUGUAAUCCCUUCCUAUGUCCCCUACAUGACGUGGAGAGCUCUCAAGCACUUCUUUGGUGGCGCAAUGGGUGUUUUCACAACACAAACCCUUUUGAAUUCUGUUGGAGUCUCUAGAAACACAGCUGCUCCUGGUGCUGUUGCUAUCAAUUGGAUUCUCAAGGAUGGUGCUGGUCGUGUUGGAAAAAUGCUUUUUGCCCGACAAGGAAAGAAAUUUGAUUAUGAUCUAAAACAGUUGCGGUUUGCGGGUGAUCUUCUUAUGGAGUUGGGUGCUGGAGUAGAGUUGGCAACUGCAGCUGUGCCGCACCUUUUUCUUCCUUUGGCUUGUGCAGCUAAUGUGGCCAAGAAUGUUGCUGCUGUAACAUCAACAUCAACUCGAACACCAAUUUACAAAGCGUUUGCGAAAGGAGAAAACAUUGGGGAUGUGACAGCUAAAGGAGAAUGUGUUGGCAAUAUUGCAGACUUGCUGGGAACUGGACUGAGCAUAUUGAUCUCAAAAAGAAAUCCAUCAUUAAUUACUACAUUUGGCCUCCUUUCAUGUGGAUAUGUUCUCAGCUCCUAUCAAGAGGUUAAAUCUGUAGUAUUGCACACCUUGAACCGAGCAAGAUUCAGUGUGGCAGUAGAUGCCUUUCUUAAAACAGGGCGAGUUCCAUCAUUGCAAGAGGGAAACUUGAAUGAAAACGUUUUCAGAUUUCCCUGGUUGAAAGAGGGGCCUGUUGUUCUUGGGCCAAGAUUUAAAGAUGCAUUCCAAGAGCCAAAUGUCUAUCUUGCGAUGGAGCCCCUCUUUGAGAAAGAGAGAUAUGUUGUCACUUAUAAUCCAAAAAAAGGUAAAGUAUACGCAUUGUUCAAAGAUCAAGCGAAGUCAGAUGACAUUCUAAAAGCGGCAUUUCAUGCACAGGUGCUUUUGCAUUUCAUGCAUUUAUCUUUUGACAGUCAGCAUCUGUCUCAGAAGGAGAAGACAGCUGGAUACUUAAACUUUGAGCCCACAGCUAAAGAUCUGGAGGCGUGUAUUGUUGAGUCAUGUAAGAUGGUCUCAACUUCAUAUGGGAUUUUCAAGAGUAAAGCUGCAGAGCAGGGGUGGAUGAUGUCAGAAGCACAUCUUAAUCCUGGCCGAGCUCGUCUUAUCAAGUGAUUAAUUUGGACAAUAUGCUACUUAAUUUCCCUGCAAAGGCAACAUAUAAAGUAUGGACAGCUUUAAUACUUGUUACAAACAUACAAACAGAAGAUGCAAAAGAGGGGUUAAAGGGGCUUGUCACCACAAUAUCAUAUCACUGGGACCAUGGGAACCAUUUGUCUCAUUAUGCCUGUCGGAUCUAGAUCGAGCUUUGCUCGGUGGAACGAAGACUUAAAACGAAGAUGACAUGGUGUAGUUUAUAAGCUGUAGAAAUGAUUGGCAAGUAGAUGAUGGAUUAAUGCACAGGGGACGACAUUGUAGAGUUCUCUUCUCUCUGUAGAGUUUGCCCUGAGUUUUGCUUUCUUAGUUAUAGUUUUUUUUUGUUCCCUUUGUUUCAUUUUUGUCACGUUUGGCCUUGUCAAUAUAUGUAUGGUGCAGGUGCAGAAGAAAGAAACCCAUGAAAUCCUUGUAUAAAUAUAAAUGAAUGAAUUUUUCGUUUGUCCAUUACUGCAGAGUUGAUAAUAAUAGCCACUUUUUUUCAUUGAA